CGCCGCGAGUAGCUCCGUCUCGCUCCAGGUCCCGAACAUAAUAACGUGAAGUGGUUUACGGGCUGCGUUCAGUCCGAGUACGCGCCGCCGUUCCGAUCGCAUCGGAUCGCAUCGAUCUUCUAUCGCUAACACGACGCAAACUCGCUAUACUCGCACUCGCUUGAUCGACGAUCAACACGUGCACCAUCACGUGUACCAUCACGUUGUAAAACGUCGAGACACGUCCGUAUCCGCUAUCACUCCGAUAGACAAGAGAAAGAGAAUUCGAUUCGAUUCGAUUUUGACGCGUAGCGGUCGUAUCUAUUUAUUAGCGUCGCGAUCGACUCGGAUUGAUCGGCGUAUCGGUGAGCAAAUUGUACGCCGACGUCCGUAAACAUAGCCGAACUCUCGCUCUCGGGACUCUCGUUCCGCGGACAAAGUCAAACACGAAGUCGUUCAGGGGAAGCUCGAACCGUAACGCCCGUAACGUCGGCACAUUCUCAUUUUUCGGUAGCUUCGAAAGGGACUCGAGGGUAAAGGAAGAAACGGCCCCGCAAGAGAGCCCAGGAUGACGAUCAACGCGUCGUCCAUGGUGAUCGACUACCUGGUGUUCGUCGGCUGUAUCAUCGCCUCGUUCGUCAUCCCGCUAUGGGGCAAGCUACGGGGCCGACGAAAGGAGUCCACCAAGGCGGACUACGUGUUCGCCACCGGGAACGUCUCGAUGGGCGCCAUGAUGCUGUCCAUCGCCCGUGGCACCCUCGGUGUCAGAUCCUUCCUCGGCUAUCCGUCGGAGCUGUAUUACAGAGGCAGCGCCAUGUGGGAGACCAUCUACGGUAUGCUGCUCGCGUAUCCCAUCGUGUGCUUCAUCUUCGUCCCGGUGUACUACAGCCUCGGCAUCACGUCGGUCUAUCAGUAUCUAGAUAUGAGGUUCAACUCGAAGCUAGUCAGAUGUCUGGCAAGCUUCUCUUACGUGAUACGCAGCCUGUUGAACUUGGCCGUCACGAUAUUCACGCCUUGCGUCGCUUUGAAGGCGGUGAUUGGCUUGCCGUAUUGGGCCAGUAUCUUUGGCAUCACCUCGAUAUCCGUCGUUUUCAGCGUUAUGGGAGGUUUGAAAGCAGCGAUCCUCUCGGACGUUAUACAAGGUCUGACGAUGAUCGGCGUCUCGCUGGUGAUAAUCACCAAAGGCUCCGCUGAUAUCGGGCCCGAUAAGAUUUUAAACGUGACGUAUGAACGUGGCCGAUUGGAUUUCUUCAACACAGAUUUGGAUCCAACCCUCCGCGUGACGACUCUGUCGGCAACCUUGGGUCAAUUAUUCAUGAGCCUGUCCAUCUUCGGUUGCCAGCAGAACUUCGUGCAACGAUACUGCAGCAUGACGAGUCAACGAAAAGUCGUCAAAACCAUGUUGGCCAACAUGCCGAUAAUCUUCAUCCUGUUCUCCCUGUCGUGGGUGGUUGGCAUGGUGAUCUUCGCCAACUACGCGGACUGCGACCCCCUCACGCUGGGCUACAUCUCGAAAUUCGACGAGAUCGUGCCGUUCUACGUGGAGGACAAGUUCCUCAACUUUCCCGGCCUGUUGGGCCUGGUGAUGGCCACUCUGUUCAACAGCGCGCUCACCUUGGCAGUGUCGAACAUCAACUCCCUGGCCACGGUCACGUUCGAGGACUUCCUCGGUCAGAUACCCGCGCUCCGAGGCUUGAAGGAUAAGCAGCAGCUGCACUUUAUCAAGGUGAUCAGCGUUAUCUACGGCGUGCUGAUAAUAGGCAUCAGCUUCCUCGUGGCCAUGCUCUCGGGAGUGAUCGAGUCGUCGAUGCUGAUGACCUCGGCCACAUCAGGCCCGCUGCUCGGUGUCUUUCUGCUGGCCAUGUUGGUGCCUUGCGCCAACUGGAAAGGCGCCGCCGCUGGGAUGAUCUUCAGCCACGUGACCACCCUGUGGAUAACCUUCGGUCACUUGACCGUCAGCAACAUGCAGAACGUGGAGACGUUGCCUCUGUCGACGGAGAACUGCCAGAACGACACGUUCUCCCCUUGGAUCAUGCAGCCAGGUCGCUCGAUGGUCGCUGCCCUCAACGUCACCGGGACGAACCAAAACAAUCUACUGGCGAACGCCGUCGAGGAAACGCCAGUCCUAGGCUCUCUCGAGUAUUUAUACAGCGUCACGUAUAUGUACUACGCGUUCAUAGGGAGCGUGUCGACGGUGCUGGUCGGUAUAAUCGUCAGCCUGUUGACGGCCGAUCCGCAGUGCGACAUGUACGAGGAGCACUUGCUUCAUCCGCUGGCGGUGAAGUUCUCGAGGCUGUUGCCGGGAAGACGGAGAUUGUACGCGAGCAGCACGCGGUUGCAGAACGAGCAGAACGCGGCGAACGCGACCGCCUCAUCGUCGGUGACCUCGAUCGCGAACGGCACGGAAAAGACUCUCCAAGGGAUCGUCGAUGAUAAUGGGAAGCUUCGCAUCGACAUCGGUUACGUGGAAAAGCUCAACGCUCUGAAGAACGUCUCGCUCGACGUAACCAACGAGGUCAGCAAGGGUACGAGACUCUGAGAAACAGGGAAUUCUCCUCGGUGGUUAGCGAAUUGCCCUUUCGUAGUUGCACUUCAAUUUAACGAUUCUAUGCUAGUAUUACAUAUAGUCAGACGAUGAUCAUGAAAACAUCGAACAUCAUUCAGUAUAGUAUAUUUCCCAUUGAUCGUCCUGUACAAUCCUCGUGCAGCUACUUUCACCUACUUGAAUUGAAUUCAAGCCGAGCAAGCGCGCAAUUUUACAGGGUAGACGCUAGUACAAAGUAACGUAGUAGGCACGAACGUGAGAGUCUUCGUCGAGCCACGUUACGAAAUAUAUAGUAGGUAUAUAUAGGUAUCGCGAUCGUAUCUUAUCGUUAGGCAGAGUAGUUACGUUAGAAGUGAUUCCGAGGAACGAUGCGUUCGCGCGUGUCUCGAGUAUGUCGAGAACUAAAAUUCGAUCGAUCUUUCCACGCUUGUCGAACGAGUCUCGGUAGAGUAGCAGAGAUUGCGGGCUGACAGGCGGCGUUCGUUCGGCGAUGCGAACCACGGGAAAACAGCAUCUAACCGAUUGACUCGAUUUUCUUCGUUCUCGCCUCGCUGAUUCGUUUCUCGACGACGAGACUCGACGAAGUCGACCAGCUUCGUUUCCCACUUACAGGCCUGCGAGUAUCGUGCGCGGAGCACUCCUCCUAGGAAGGAAGGAAACGUUUCGAGUACGCGGAACUUGGCCAAAACGUCGAGUUAUUUGCGAACGAAAUAGUUUAUUAUAUAUAUAUAUAUAUAUAUAUACAUACGUACGUUAUACGUACAAUACGCGUGUCUAAUACUCAUUAUAC